AGGUGAUUCCUGUUUCCUUUUACCUAUUUUUAUAUAUGUAAAAAAUAAUUUAUUUUCAUUUUAAUAUGAGUAUGAGAAUAAUAUUAACUUUAUACUAAUGAAUUAUUGUUGUUAUUAUUAUUGUUGCAGCUAGAGGCUAUAUAAGAAAGUUGUGUUAGUUCUGUGUGUUCCAGAAAGCAAGAAAGAAAACUUCUAGAUUUUUUUUCAACAUCAUCAUCAUCAUCAUGGCUUCAUCUAACAGACACUGGCCAAGUAUGUUUAAGUCUAAGCCCUGCAACACUCAUCACCAAUGGCAACAUGACAUCAACUCUUCUCUAAUCUCUUCUUCUGCUUGUCACAGAACUCCUUACUCAGGUGAGGAAAGAAGUGCUGAACCAAAACCGAGGUGGAAUCCGAAACCGGAACAAAUCCGGAUACUUGAAGCUAUCUUCAACUCUGGCAUGGUGAAUCCACCAAGAGAGGAAAUAAGGAAAAUCAGAGCACAGUUACAAGAAUAUGGACAAGUUGGUGAUGCUAAUGUUUUUUAUUGGUUUCAAAACAGAAAAUCAAGAAGCAAACAUAAGCUUCGUCAUCUUCAAAACCAGAACUCAAAAAACCAGAACCAGAACCAAAACCAGAACCUGCAGAAUCAGGAACAUCAUGCACCACAACAAAACUCUGUUUCAUCACUUUCUCAAAUCACUACUGCACCUUCAUCUUCAUCUUCUUCCUCUGAGAAAUCACCACCAAAAGAAUUAAUACCUUCUAAGGUAUUUUCUCUUGGUUUCACUAACAUCAAUGAUGUUGUGCCUAAUUCUCCAACUGCUUCUGUGAAUCAGAACUAUUUUCAUCCUCAAAAUGAAACCAAUCUUCUUCCAACACCACAAGUAACUGCACCUACUGAAACUUUCUUCUUCCCAAUGCAAAAUCAUGUACUACCUGUUACUAAUAAUGUUACAUCACAAUCACAAGGGUUUUGUUUCUCUGAACUUUCUAAUAUGGUUCAUCAUCAGCCACAACAAAACAACACUGCUCAUUGCACUGCUGGUAUUCUUCUUAGUGAGAUCAUGAACAACCAUGGUGCUACUAAUUCCUCAAAGAAAGAACAAGUUCAUCAUGACAAGAAUGUUAAGAUAAUGCACCAAACCCCACAUUUUAACUUCUGUUUUGCACCCUCAACUACUACUGUUGCACCUCCCACCACUUCCUCCACCAUCACUGUUCCAUCCCCUAUCAUUUCUCAACUUCAAGGCAUUGGAGAAGUUGGUGUUGCUGCAAAAUCAAUGGUGUUCAUCAAUGAUGUGGCAUUUGAGGUUGCAUCUGGACCUUUCAAUGUUCGUCAAGCAUUUGGUGAUGAUGCUAUUCUCAUCAAUUCAACUGGUCAACCUGUUUUAACAAACCAAUGGGGUGUCACUCUUCAUUCACUUCAACAUGGUGCAUGUUAUUAUGUUGUUAUCUGAUCAUAUAGGAAAAGAGUAAGAGAAGGAGAAUGAGUGGAUGAGAUAUUAUUAAUGUUGUUUUAUUAUUAUUGUUGUUGGUGGUGUCUAUUUUGAUGACUUUAUGGUUUGUUCUUUUUGUUAUCUUUUGUGACCGUACUUGUGUUAUGCUAUUAGGGUUAUAAUAGGGGUUUGUGGAAACUGCUCAUGAGAAUGACUUUGAUCAGAUGGAUCUCUAUUUAUUUAUGCUGUUCCAAAGUAUGGAUAUCAUCAUCACUUUGUUGACCUAAAUAUGUAACUUUUAUUUUCUUUUUUAUUAGUUUCAAGUGAACUAUGUUUGUUACUUUAUAGUAUAAUUUCAAAUUAUAUGAUAUGGGAGUUUAUUA